UAGGAGGAAAGGCUAGAAGGUGCAUGUACCGUACGACACACGGACACGUGUCAUCCUUUCCUCACUGCAAGGGUAAGAAUAUGUUUAUUCAUAGUAUAAAACCGAACACAUAACCAACACGCACACGUCUACAAAAAGCCUUUGUUGCAGAGAAAGGAGAAAGAGAGAGGGAAAAAUGUUCAUGAAAAGAGACGUUGAGAGCGGUGGUGGAGGUGACAGACCCCUCUACCCCAACAUGCUCGAGAAUCCUCAAUAUCGUUGGUCCUUCAUACGCAAGGUUUACUGCAUCCUCACCUUCCAAUUGCUUCUCACCGUCGCCGUCGCCGCCGUUGUUGUCUUCGUCCGCCCCAUCCCCCACUUCAUCGUUUCCACCACCCCAGGCCUUGUUCUCUACUGUGUCCUCAUCUUCAUUCCUUUUAUCACGUUGUGCCCUCUUUACUAUUACCACCAGAAACACCCUCUCAAUUAUUUCCUUCUCUUCAUUUUUACCGUUACCAUGGCCUUUGCCGUUGGACUGACUUGCGCUUUUACUAGCGGGAAAAUUAUUCUGGAGUCUGUGAUAUUGACUGCAGUGGUGGUGAUCAGCCUAACUAUCUACACCUUUAUUGCCGCAAGGAGAGGCCAUGAUUUCAACUUUUUGGGCCCAUUCUUGUUUGGAGCCUUGCUAAUUCUUAUUGCCUUUUCCCUGAUACAGAUUCUAUUUCCAUUGGGUAAGCUUUCAUUGAUGAUCUACGGGGGCCUGGCAUCACUUAUAUUUUGUGGCUACAUCAUAUAUGACACAGACAACCUCAUAAAGAGGUUCUCCUACGAUCAGUACAUAUGGGCUUCGGUAUCCUUGUAUUUAGACGUCAUCAACCUCUUCCUUUCUCUGCUUACUCUCGGUAGAGCUGCUUCUAGCUAAGGAGAUAAUUCUAGAAGCAUAUAUUCCUUGCCUAGGUACAUGUGUUUGCUUUAAGGAACUAUAGUUAUUCGAAAAGAUAGUUCUUAUCAAGAAUUCCAUGUGGAUGGAAUUUUGCACUGAAUGUUGAUAAACUAUCUAAAAGCCCAAAUUAGUUCUACUUCAGAGGAAAUUAAAAUAAAGAGGGCAGAAAUGCUAGCAAUUUUCUUUA